AUGUUAUUCCGUACUCUCAUUGGAGUGCUAUCGCUCCUGAUAGCGAGCGCCUACUGUGAAGUUGUUAGAUACGAACGUCCAUCCAUCUACGACAAGUCUGCACACUUCUCACUGCAGGUCAAUGGAACGGAGAUGUACACCGUCAGCUAUGCUGGCUAUGACUACGUCCAUCUCUCCAUGGAUCAGGGCCACCCAACAGAAUUCCGAAUCAAAACUCUAUCCCAAGGCUCUACUAUAAAGUCCUAUUCGAUUACACCGAAGCAGCUCCCUAUCAAAGCCAAAGUAGAGGGUAACGAACUCGUUUGGUCCAUGGAGAAGGCGCACUAUCUGAUCGUCAAGAUUGAUGACCUGAAAGAGUUUGUCAUCGUCGUCGACCCUACAGAAACAAAUGCUCCGAAAUCGAAGGGAACCGGUAUCUUCAACGUGCUCGAUUACAAGGCCGAUAAUACGGGAAAGAGCGUUACCACGGGAAUCCAGGCUGCUAUGGACGCAGCCGCCAAGCAACCAGGAAGCAUCGUAUAUGUCCCUGCCGGUCUGUAUCAAAUCGGAAACCUGAUGCUCCGCAGCAAGACCUCUCUGUAUCUGGCGGGCGGAUCAGUCUUGCGGUUUACAGGCAAGCCCAGCGACUACAAGAAGCUCUACCACAAGAGCGAUCUUCACGACGGCACAUGGUGGAUCCAAACGGAAUUCGACUCUACAGAUAUCAAGGUGUAUGGACGAGGAACUAUUGAUGGAAACGGAUACAACACACGACAAAACAAGUACAUGGCGGACCUGCUGGUGCCCGUCGGUACCAAGAACUUCCGUUGCGACGGAGUUUUGGUCCGAGACAGUUCCUUCUGGGCAGUUACUCCUAUCCAGGUGGAGGAUGCUCUGUUUACGAAUCUGAAGAUUCUCGACCGCCUCGAUGUCACUCAGAAUGACGGAAUUGACGUUGUUGAAUCCACACGAGUGACGGUCAGACGCGCCAUUGCCAUCGCCAACGACGAUAGUUUCUCAACGAAGACUUGGCCCUACAAGACUGGAACAACUGUGCCAUACCCUUACUCGCCAAGACCUCUCAGCGACGUUGUCUUUGAAAACACGGUUGCUUGGACAAAGUGCUAUGGCUACAAGGUUGGCCAGGGUGUUCACCAAAGACAGAACAACGUGACUUUCAGGGAUGGCACCGUGUACGCCGCUGGUGUCGGUAUUGGCAUCCAUCAUUUAUUCGGGACAGAGAAGGCUACCGGGGUCACAUUCCAGGAUAUUGACAUUGAGAACCUGGCCGGAAGCCCUGGCGGGCGUGGCACAUGGCUGGCCGUAUGGGUUGGCCAAGGCGGCAGAGGCGUUGGCCCUAUCGAGGACAUCCUCAUUAAGAACAUCAAGGCUCGGGACCAAGGCCACAAGAACGGUUUCCUUCAAGGCUACAACGCUUCGUCGAAAGUCAGCGGUGUGACCUUUUCAGACGUGUACAUGCUAGGAAGCACGAAGCCUGCUACCUCACUGAAGCAGAUGAACUUGCUGAACACCAGCUAUUCAGAGAACAUCAAGUUUGCUAACUCAAAGAGCCUCUCACACACUCCCAUCGCUUCAACUUUGAGAAAACUUUCAUACCAUCGCUUCGACGCCAUUCUCAUACUCUCCUUGCCAUCGGCUGUCUCCCGUGCCAUGCUGGGCGUCAUCCUGGUCGGCCUCGCUUCGGCCUACAGCAUCUGGAGCGUCGUCUGCCUCGAGGCCAACGUGCGCAAGGCUCGCGCCCUCGGCCUGCCCGUUGCCCGGCUGCCUGUCGACGCCAACAACGUCUUCUGGAUCCUCUUCCAGCCUCACUUCUACAGCCUCCUCGACCGUCUUCCCAUCCGCUGGCUCUCCUACCCGUCCUUUGUGCGCUUCUCUCGCAGAGGAUGGUACUUUGCCGAGCGCGCCAAUGCUCACCUCCAGCUGGGCCCCAUCUGGGCACUCGUGUCGCCUGUGAGCAUCAACAUCCAUGUAGCCGACCCUGAUGCCAUCCAGGACAUUGUCACCCGCCGCGGCGACUUUCAACGCCCCACUGCAGAGCUCAAAAUACUAGAGCUCUACGGGCCGUGCAUAUCGACAGCCAAGUGGCCCGACUGGCCUCGUCACCGCAAGCCCAUGGCCACGCCCUUCAACGAGACCAUCAUGGCCUCCGUCUGGGCCGAGUCUCGCCGCCAGGCCCUCGGCAUGUUGGUGUCGUGGACAAAGUUCGCCGAUGCCGGCAUCCCCAGCUACCAGCGCGACACACACACACUCUCCCUCAACGUGCUCGCCGCCGUUGGCUUCGGGAAGCCCUACGACUUCCGCGGCUCGACAGAGCCUUCCGUUGACGAGAUUGGCGAGUACCGUGACUCCCUGCAGACCGUCCUCGACAACAUUAUCCUGCUGCUCAUUGUGCCUUUUCGCGUACUCCAGAUGGUCCCCGGUACUUGGGCCAGGAUCGGCAACGCGGGUGUCUCGUUCAAGAGCCACAUGGUCAAGAUGCUCGAGAACGAGACGGAGGCGCUGCAACAGGGGAGGAAAGGCUCCGGCGGCAUCAUGCCUGGCUUUGUGCGCGCUGUUGACCAGUAUCACCGCGAAUCCGCCGCCGAUCCGGAUGCCAAAGGCGCCAAGAAAGGGCUCUCCGUGGACGAGAUCUUCGGCAACUUGUUCGCCUGGCUCGCCGCUGAGAUCGAGGCUGUGGCUGAGGGCAGGCCAGUGGAGGAAUGGGACUACAAGCAGAUGUUUCCCAAGCUCAAGUGCUGCCGGGCCGUCUUCUACGAGACCUUGCGUCUGUUCCCCCCCGGACCCGCUCUGCCCUCCAUCACCAGUGACCAUCCCCAGCAGGUAACCGUCGGAGACAGGACCUACACCGUGCCUGUCGGCGUCAACUUCACCGCAAACCUGCGCGCCAUGCAGACACACCCGCAGUACUGGUCCAACGAGACCCAGUGGCACCCGUCGCGAUGGAUCAUGAACCCGGCAGCCACCUCGGAACAAGUAGCGCAGGAGACGUUCUUCGUCCCCAGCAAGAACAUCUUCUUCCCCUGGGGCGAGGGCCCCCAGAUCUGCCCCGGGCGGAGGCUGUCCGAGGUGGAGGCCGUCGCCGUGCUGGCAUGUCUGUUCAGAGCGCACCGGCUGCGGAUCAAGAAGGACAGCGACGGGGAGAGCGACGAGGCGACGUACAGGCGGUUCGACAAGUGUGUGAAUGAUGUAGACCUGGUGAUGCUGGUUAGACUGAAGAACGCGGACCAGGUUACCGUGGUGUGCGAAGAGGCGUGA